GACUUCCUGUUUUAACAUCUGUUUCCGCUGUUUUUAGCGGCUCUCAGAGACAAAAUGGCUUCCAUGUCAGAAGAAGAGUUCUGCUGUCCGGUCUGUUGUGAAGUCUUCAGAAAUCCUGUUGUCCUGUCAUGUAGCCACAGCUUCUGUAGAGACUGUCUGCAGACCUGGUGGACAGAGAGACCAACUCGGGAGUGUCCAGUUUGUAAGAGAAGAUCUUCAAAGUCCCAUCCACCUUGUAACCUGGUGUUGAAGAACCUGUGCGAGACCUUUUCACAGCAGAGAGACCAGAGACCUUUAGAGGCUCUCUGCAGUCUGCACUCGGAGAAACUCAAGCUCUUCUGUCUGGACCAUCAGCAGCCGGUGUGUCUGGUCUGCAGAGACUCAGAGACACACUUCAACCACAGGUUCAGACCCGUUGAUGAAGCUGCACGACAACUCAGGAAGGAGGUCCAGGAGACUCUGGAGCCCUUAAAGGAGAAGUUAGAAGGGUUGGAACGAGUUAAAGUGGAGUUUGAUCAAACAGCAAAACACCUGAAGGUCCAGGCCCGACGCACAGAGACCCAGAUUAUUGACCAGUUUAAGAAGCUUCACCAGUUUCUAGAAGAUGAAGAGGUGGCCCGGUUGGCUGCACUGAGGGAGGAAGAGGAGCAGAAGAGCCAGAGGAUGAAGGAGGAAAUGGAGGCUCUGAGCAGAAAGAUAGCAGCUCUUUCAGCCUCAGUCCGAGCCACUGAGGAGAACCUGAGAGCUGAAGACGUCUCGGUUCUGAUCCACUACCAGGCUGCAAUGGGGAGAGUCCAGCAGCUCCUCCUGCUGGAGGAUCUACAGCUGCUCCCAGGAGCUCUGAUAGACGAGGCCCAACACCUGGGCAACCUGGGCUUCAACAUCUGGACCAAGAUGAAGGACCUUGUCUCCUAUGCUCCUCUGGUUUUGGACCCAAACACCGCUCAUCCAGAACUCAUCCUGUCUGAAGAUCUGACCAGCGUGAGACGAGGACAGAGACAGCAGCUUCCUGGUAAUCCAGAGAGGGUUGAUAGUUACCUCUCUGUCCUGGGCUCUGAGAACUUUAACUCAGGGACUCACAGCUGGGAUGUCGAGGUUGGAGACAGUCCAGUCUGGGAAUUGGGUGUGUUACCAGAGUCUGUCCAGAGGAAGGGGGUCAUACGGUCUGGAUUAUGGACAAUACGAUUUGAUGAAGGUAAAUACUCAGCAAGGUCUCCAUCAGCUCCACCCACUGAUCUCCCGUUGAAGAACCAGCCCCGGAGGAUCAGAGUGAUUCUGGACUGGAACAGAGGAGAGCUGUGGUUCUCUGAUCCUGAUACUAACACACACAUUCACACCUUCACACACACCUUCACUGAGAUGAUGUUCCCAUACAUUCGCACUCUGGGUAAUCUGAAGAUAUCAGCACUGAAGGUGUGUGUGACGCAGCAACAGGUCUGAUGGAGUCUGGAGUUUUAGGGUGAUA